AUGCUGAAAUUCCAAGAGUCUGCUAAGUGUAUGAGUGGAUCGACAGCUGUUUGCAGUUAUCCGAAGACUUUGAUUGCAAAAAGAUAUGUACUUCAACAGAAACUUGGCAGUGGAAGUUUUGGAACUGUCUAUCUGGUUUCAGACAAGAAAGCGAAACAAGGAGAGGAAUUAAAGGUACUGAAGGAAAUCUCUGUUGGAGAACUCAACCCGAAUGAGACUGUGCAGGCCAAUUUGGAGGCCCAGCUCCUCUCCAAGCUGGACCACCCAGCCAUUGUCAAGUUCCACGCAAGCUUUGUGGAGCAAGAUAAUUUCUGCAUUAUCACAGAGUACUGUGAGGGCCGAGAUCUGGACUGUAAAAUUCAGGAAUACAAAGAAGCUGGAAAAACUUUUCCAGAAAAUCAAAUAAUAGAAUGGUUUAUCCAGCUGUUACUGGGAGUUGACUACAUACAUGAGAGGAGGAUACUCCAUCGAGACUUGAAAUCAAAGAAUAUAUUUCUGAAAAAUAACCUACUUAAAAUUGGGGAUUUUGGAGUUUCUCGACUCUUAAUGGGAUCCUGUGACCUGGCCACAACUUUAACUGGAACUCCCCAUUACAUGAGUCCGGAAGCUCUGAAACACCAAGGCUAUGACACCAAGUCAGACAUCUGGUCAUUGGCAUGUAUCUUAUAUGAGAUGUGCUGCAUGAAUCAUGCAUUCACUGGCACCAAUUUCUUGUCCAUUGUUUUGAAAAUUGUUGAAGGCAACACACCUUCUCUCCCUGAGAGAUAUCCAAGGGAACUAAACACCAUCAUGGAAAGCAUGUUGAACAAGAGUCCUUCAUUGAGACCAUCUGCUAUAGAGAUUUUAAAAGUCCCUUACAUUGAUGAACAGCUACAGCGCCUGAUGUGUACCUAUUCGGAAAUGACCCCGGAAUACAAGAAUUUGAAUUGUCAGAAGGAAGCUGCUCAUAUAGUUAAUGUCGUGGAAAAAAAGAUCCACCUCCAGACUCUGCGGGCGCUGUCUGAAGUACAGGAAAUGACACCCAGGGAAAGAAUGCGGCUGAGGAAGCUCCAGGCAGCUGACAAGAAGGCGGGGAAGCUGAAUUUUCAGUACCCUGAAAUCAUGACUUGUGAAAUUGAAAAAAAAAAGAUUUUAAUAGGGACAGAAGAUAAGGAGGAGCCACCUGAGGGAAGGCUUUCUUGUUCACCCCAGGUAGAGGAUGAGGAGAGGAGGCCAGGCAGGGAAGAGACAAGUAAUGAAGCAACUUCAGAGAACCUGCAUGCAUCUCAGCUCAUUCCUUCCCUGAACCUCAUGGAACUUGAAUCAAGUGCAGAGGACACCACAGCUGACCUUGGAGAGCAUGAGAUCCCAGAAGACCCACUUGAGGCUGAAGAGUAUUAUGCUGAUGCAUUUGAUUCCUGUUCUGAAGAGAGUGAGGAGAAGGAGGAAGAAAUAGUGUUUUCAGGGUCUGAAGAAGAGGUCGUUGAUGAGGAGCCCCAGCCUGCUUACAGAACAAACCAACAGGACAGUGAUAUUGAUGCACUAGUCAAGUGUUUGGAAAAUGUCCUGGGCUGCACCUCUCUAGACACAAGGACCAUCUCCAGUGUGGUUCCAGACAUGUCCCAAGGACAAACAAUUUUCAACAGUGCGAUGGCUGGGACCAAGAUGAAACACAUGAGGGAAUCAGCUAUGCAGAAACUGGGAGCAGAAGUAUUUGAAGAGGUCUAUAAUUAUCUCAAGAGAGCAAGGCAGCAGCACGCCAGUGAAGCAGAAAUCCGGGAGUAUCUAGAAAAACUGGUGCCUCACGCCAGCGACUGUUUUGAGGUUGACCAACUCCUCUACUUUGAGGAGCAGUUGCUUAUCACAACAGGAGAAAAGGCUACGCUCCAGAACCUUUGGCGAGCGACUGUCAAAACAAGCACAUACUGA